ACUCCGACUACUCUCAGCAUCCCUAUGUAAGCGAUUCAAAUGAAUCAGACGACAGUGACUCGGUGCACGCCACCCAUUGUGGGAUUCAUUCAGAAAGAUUCACUGGUAAGACUGCACACUGAUUCUGCGGUAAAGAUGGCGGCGUCAGAGGGGGCGCGUAGUGGCUGGAGCGAAUCUAGACGACCCUAAAAGGGUUUAUUUUCACACCGACUCUGGGCCACAACAGAAAACAGUCCUUACUGGUGAUUCCGUUUAUAGAUGCCGUUAAGCUGUUGCCUGCAAAUUUGACACUUUGUCUAAUAUUGCUAAUACAAGUGAGGUGGGUGGGCACAUACUGAUAGCUAUCACGCUAGCAAGCUUGCUAGGACCGCUAGUAGCUUGCUAGCUAGCUAGGAUAGCUGUCUAGCCCGGACAGAGGGGUCGAAGAAUACUCCUGAAUAGGCCCCUUCGCUCUGUUGGGGGAUGUGAUCCAAGAGAACGGUGGGUUGGCUUGCGACGUCCCAGGGAUUGUAACAUAUAACUCGGAGAGAAAUGGGACAACAGGUUGGACGCAUGGGUGAGGGGGCUUCUUCAGGACUCCAACCGCAGCAGCCGCACUCGCAGCUGCAGCACCCGGGGAAAGCAAGUCGAGCGAGUGGCUCCGGGAGGAGACCCAAAGAAGUCGCGACUACCGGAACCCCACCAGGGAGAACAGCUGCUGCUAACUUGACGGAGCCGGGAUUUAAUAUAUUCACUCAACACUCAGAGGCCCUGCACCGGCCAUUUGGGCUGGACUCAGCGGCACUGACCGAGGCCGUGCGCUGGAGCUCCAAGGAGAACCUGCUGGGCGCCGCCGAGAGCGACCCCAACCUCUUCGUUGCACUUUAUGAUUUCGUCGCUAGCGGCGACAACACACUAAGCAUUACGAAAGGUGAGAAGCUGCGCGUUUUGGGCUACAACCAGAAUGGCGAGUGGAGCGAGGUGCGCUCCAAGAACGGCCAGGGCUGGGUGCCCAGCAACUACAUCACGCCGGUCAACAGCCUGGAGAAGCACAGCUGGUACCACGGGCCAGUGUCGCGCAGCGCCGCCGAGUACCUGCUCAGCAGCCUCAUCAACGGCAGCUUCCUGGUGCGCGAGAGCGAGAGCAGCCCCGGCCAGCUGUCCAUCUCGCUGCGCUACGAGGGACGUGUCUACCACUACCGCAUCAACACCGCCUCCGACGGCAAGGUGUACGUGACGUCGGAGAGCCGCUUCAGCACACUGGCGGAGCUGGUGCACCACCACUCCACGGUGGCCGACGGCCUGGUGACCACGCUACACUACCCGGCACCCAAGCGCAACAAGCCCACCGUCUACGGCGUCUCGCCCAUCCACGACAAAUGGGAGAUGGAACGCACCGACAUCACCAUGAAGCACAAGCUGGGCGGCGGCCAGUACGGCGAGGUGUACGUGGGCGUGUGGAAGAAGUACAAUCUCACCGUAGCAGUCAAGACACUUAAAGAGGACACCAUGGAGGUGGAGGAGUUUCUGAAAGAAGCUGCUGUCAUGAAGGAGGUGAAGCAUCCCAACCUAGUGCAGCUGCUCGGUGUGUGCACACUUGAGCCCCCCUUCUACAUCGUGACUGAGUACAUGCCCCAUGGGAACCUCCUGGACUACUUGCGUGAGUGUGACCGUGAGGAGGUGACUGCCGUAGUGCUGCUCUACAUGGCCACACAGAUCUCCUCCGCCAUGGAGUACCUGGAGAAGAAGAACUUCAUCCACAGGGACUUGGCGGCGCGUAAUUGUCUGGUGGGUGAGAACCACGUGGUGAAGGUGGCCGACUUUGGACUGAGUCGGUUGAUGACGGGGGACACCUACACGGCCCACGCCGGAGCCAAGUUCCCCAUCAAGUGGACCGCGCCCGAGAGCCUGGCCUACAACACCUUCUCCAUCAAGUCCGAUGUGUGGGCAUUCGGUGUGCUGCUGUGGGAGAUAGCCACCUACGGCAUGUCCCCGUACCCGGGCAUCGACCUGUCCCAGGUUUAUGACCUGCUGGAGAAGGGCUACCGCAUGGAACAGCCUGAGGGAUGCCCACCCAAGGUGCACGAGCUCAUGAGGGCCUGCUGGCAGUGGAGCCCCAUGGAUCGACCAUCCUUUGCUGAGACCCACCAGGCCUUUGAGACCAUGUUCCACGACUCCAGCAUCUCAGAAGAGGUGGCAGAGGAGCUGUGCAAGACCUCCAGUCAGGGGGCCUCUUCUCACUCCUUCAGCCACGACCUGCCGAUCCUGCCCUCCAAGGUGUCUUCACGAACCUUGCGGAAGCACGCUGAGAACAAGGAGAACAUUGAGGGAGGCCUGGACGGAAGAGGCGACGCAGAUGGAGGAGGAGGAGGAGGUCUGGGUCCCGCAGGUCUGAUGGCAUCUCUGCUUGGGGGGGAGGGCCGUACAGGCAGUUCCCCAGCGUUGCCACGGAAACAGCGUGACAAAUCUCCCAGCAGCCUCCUGGAGGAUAGCGCAGAGACCACCUUUACCCGGGACCGCAAGGCCGGCUUCUUCAGCUCCUUCAUGAAGAAGAAGUCCUCCUCCUCUUCCUCGCCUUCUUCCCAACCCCAGCAGAACCUUCCCAUGCCUCCCAAGCGCAGCAGCUCCUUCCGAGAGAUGGAGACGCAGCCCCAUAAGAAGUACGAGCCCACAGCCGCGUUCUGUGCCCCUCCGCCCCCGCCCUCCCAGUCGGAUGGGCUCGGCUUCUCGCCAUCCCACGGCGAGGCCAAUCACAUGCAGGCGCGCUGCUGUGGUGCUGCCUUCGGUCAGAAACCCUCACUUAGCUCUGGGGCGCCCUCUGGUGGACAGGUAGGGGGUAGCAGCAGCAGCAGCGGCAGCAGCAGUAGUAGCAGCUGGGGAAGCCUGGCCGGUUUCUUCACACCACGCCUGAUUAAGAAGACCCUGGGGCUCCGCUCAGGUGGGAAGCCCCAGGGUGUCGAGGAGAAGCCCUUCCCCAGGUCCAACUCCACCUCGUCCAUGUCGGCGGGGCUGCCAGACCUGGAGCGGAUGGCCCUGACGCUCCCUCGCAAGAGCAACAACAACAAGCCCCCUCUGGAGAGGACGGCCUCCACCACCUCACAGCCCGAGAACGGAGCUCCGGGACGGCCGUCGGAAGCGCCGGUCAUGCUACGCAAGCUGGACGAGGGCACGGCACAGAUCCGCGAACGGCCAAAGGCUAAGCUGCUUCCGCGCUCUGGGGGCACCAGGGCUCCGGGUGUCGGGAGCGAGGGAGAUACUGGGGGGUCGCAGGACAUGAUGGGGGGACAGGACAGGCAGGGCUGGUCGUCCCCAUCUAAAAGUAUUGGUUCCGGGACCGGCUCGGCGGGUCUGCACAACCACAAGGUGCCGGUGGUGAUCUCGCCCACGCUAAAGCACAGCCCGGCGGAUGUGCACCUGGUAGGGGUGGACUCGCAGGGCAAUCGCUUCAAGCUGCUGACGGACCACCAGGCAGCCGAGAGGGACCGGCCGCGGCUGGUCAAGCCCAAAUGCGCACCUCCGCCCCCGCCCACGCUUCGCUCACUCUCGCAGCCCUACGGGGCAGAGGGGCCCGAUGAACUUCCCCUGGAGGUCAACGGAGAGGCGCCCACACCCACGAAACGUUCAGGCAGAGGCGGAGGAGGAGGGGAGAGGGACAGGGAGCGAGAGAGGGGGAGGCCGGCCGUGCCCCCUCCGCAAGUGCCUCCGGCCCCUUCGCCUUCCUCCACCCCGACCAAGCUGGCCAACGGGGCCUCCACCACCACCCACACCUCCUCCGUGGCCUCCAAGGUGGCGCUGCGGCGGACUCGACAGCAGGUGGAGCGUGUGCUCCCCGACAAGGUCAGCAAGGAAGCUCUGCUGGACUGUGCCGGGAGCCUGAGCAGCGCGCUCCACAGUAGCCCGGAGCCGGCCUCAAGCAGCCUGGUUCUGGACGCUGGCCACCAGCUCCUGGACUGCUGCUCCGGCUACGUGGACUGCAUCCCUCAGACACGCAACAAGUUUGCGUUCCGAGAGGCAGUGGGGAAGCUGGAGCUCAGCCUGCAGGAGCUGCGCGCCUCCUCUGGGGGAGGAGGGGGAUGUGGUGGGGGGUUGGGGAGCACACCCGCCUUGGACAACUUGCACAGCUGCAUAAAAGAGAUCAGUGACGUGGUGCAAAGGUAGCCACUGUGAAGACUGUACCCCUUUUCCCCCCUCUCACUCCCUCUGAAAUUUCAUCUCUCUCUCUCACUUUCAAUCUCUCAAUAUCUCCAUUUUCAUUUCAAAAACUGCAGAAACACUAAAUGGAAAUGACAAAAUGGGUUUUUGUAACAAGUUUUUAUUUAAUUUUUCGGGGGGGACGGAGAGUAUAAAUCUCAGAAGUACCUCAGAUACACACAGAGACACACACUCAAACAAAAUACUACAGACGGUGUCUUGUAUUGUUUACAGCUGACUCUCAGUACAGACCAGUGGGGAACACAGUUCUGAACAUGUAUAUAAGCUCGUCAUGUAUACCAAACUACCAGUAGUUUGAGUUGCUCAGAUGACCAUCUGUGACUUACUAAUCACAUGCCAAUCAAACACAUGUCAAAGCUCAAUCAAUCAGGGUUACUUACAGCAACAGGCAUGAUGAGUCCACACAUUGUGCCACAAAAGUCUUGAAACACAAACACUAUAACGAUAGAGGUUUACACCUUUGGGACGAGUCCCACUCGUGGCCACACAACAGAUCACUCACAUGCAUAUCUGUUGUAACUGGAUGCCAUCAAACCCAGUGCACAAACCUCACAAUAACUGGUAGGGCUGUAGAACACAUGUGCACUGUAUGGGCUAAGUGUUGAUCAACUUCAUUAGUCAUUAGGACCAUUCUACAAAAACUGUGCCAUGUAGCCAGGAAUGUCUAUUGGUUCAGUUUAGAGUUGUUUUCAUUAGUUUCUUCAUUGGUGAUCAGCCAAAGCCAAUAAUGGUCUAUUGCCACAAGCUUAGUCCCCUUUUAAAUUGAGCCGUAUACAUUUCAUCUCAAGUGGAGUACUUGUGGUGCUAUUUGGGUUCGCAAGAGUCACUCGUUAAUGUUCUUAUUUGCUGGGUGCAGGCUAGGGCCCAGUAACAGUUCCUGUUGGGAAAGGCUCAGGCUGUCUGUGUACAGGAGAAGUUGCCUUUAGAUUUGAACAGCGCUGAAAUCCCCCAGCUCUGUCCUUAUGUGCCUGGUUUGUCAUACACUAAAAUGCAACACUGAUAAAUAGCGUCUUAGGUCACAUCACAUUUCCGAUUCAUCACAUAAAGAGCAAAGUUGAAAGUCGAAUUUCAGAGGUGCAUUUUCUUUUUUUUAUGCUUUUUAUUAUUUUAUACCUGCACAAAUUGUGCGGUAUUGGUUUCACUUUAGAAUGUGUUUGUGUAUAAACUUGAAUUUUUAAAUUAUUUUUUAUUAAAAGCACAGACAUCAUCUUUUUUUUGUUUUGUUUGUUUCUGUAAAUAUUGUGCAUUAUUUUAUGUCCAGGAAAGUUCAUGGAUGUCCCUCUACCCUUGGGUACUGGGAUGUAUACAGCCGGACUGAUUUAGAGUUGAAAUGCAGAAAUGAACGUGGGAGACGCUCCAUCCCCCAUCUCUUCAACUACUCUAUGAAUGUAUGCUGUCUUGUUGUCUGUCUGUCUGUCUGUCUGUCUGUCUGUCUCUCUCUCUCUCUGAUGCAAAUGUUGGAAUGUUUUGUCUUUCCAUUGUUCAUUUCACACACCCUAUCCAUUGGAUUGUGUGCACUGUUGCACCUGUAAGAAGCCCUUGCAGCAAGUAUGAAUCAGCUCCCAUGUUCAAAAAAAGUCUAAAGGAAAUCUGAUUUCCUCUCUGGGCCCAGGCAUGCAUUGUGUCACUACAGAGAAGCGAUAUCGAUUUCCAGAUUAGCAGCCUCCAGUUUCCUUUUAACAGAGGUGUGGCCAAUAAUAACAUUGAAAAAAAUACUUCAUAAAGCGAAAAAUGUUCAGCAUGGAAAUAUUUUUCAUUAACAUUUAUGAUAUCAAAUACUUCAAAAAGACCUUGGAAUUGGUUAGGUCAAUAAAGAAUACCCUUUGCUCAGUCAACAUGUCUAAGUAGAUCAUUACACUGGAGAGAGCUUAAAACAGGGAAGGUAUUUAUGGCUUAGCUUCUUGCAGUUGUAUCCCGUAGACAUUUGUAUAAUCUAUGGAAACAGCCAUGAAAUGAUUGAAAGGUGAGGUUCUUGCAUGUCAUCGCUACAGCUCUAGAUUUUAAAAGUCCUAUUCUUCCAACACGAUGGAUUUGUAGAAUGUUGCACAGUUUCCCUCUGACCAGACAAUUACCACGUUCUUAUUCAUUCGUACACCAUUCUUAUUCAUUCAUUCGUACACCAUUCUUAUUCAUUGUUAUCUCACUUCCAAUGAUCGCAUUUCUACCUACUGGACAUAUUUCCCUUUAUGGUUUUAGGUGCCUUUUGUGAAAGAUUUGUUUUGUGCACUACUAAGUGAAGAGACUAUAACAGACAUGGUCAGUUCUCACAAUGGGAUAUUGGCCAAAGGGAUUCUUUCUCUUGUCCUCAAGCCCCGUAUCCACAUAGCAUUUUAUUGUCCAUGUCCCACUUGAGAGAAACCUGCCAUCAUGUAUUGCAUGUUAAAUGAAAGGUGCUGGCAAUCCAUGCCUUGCCGAGAAGUUGGUCACAGCCUAAUGUCCUGUACCACGGCCUUUUUACAGCGGCCUGUAUGUUCCUCACUUAAUGCUUAAUGGUAAUGCAGUUACACACAUCAGGUACAUGCUUAUUGUGUUGUGUACCCAUGCUUUUACCACUGCAAUGGGGUAAAUGUUUUUCAAGAAAGUAAUUCGUUAUAUUCAAUUUUCCCCCUUAAUCUAAAAAAUACAAAUACAAAUAAAUAAACAGUUCUUGAUGCCUGCUUUGAAGAUAAUUGUUUUGCCUUCUGUAAUGGUCAAGGUUUUCUGCUCUUCUAACAAUGUGACCUUUACAGUAAAAACUCAUCGGUUCUUCAUCACUGUUCAAACUGAGGAAUAGACAAAAUGUUCUGAAAAAAUGAGUGCAUUACAAAUAUGUAUUUUCUCUUACUGCCUCUUGCAUCGGCAAAACUGAUGUCACAAGGCUAGUGCACUGGAUGCAAAUCUGUCACAUACUAUCUAUUAAUGAGUCAUGCAUAACCAGAACACAUGGCUGUGUCUUUUAAAGUAUUUUGAUUUCAGAAUGUCCCAUUUCAGUCAACUGAUAAGUAGUUAAUGUGGCUUAAUUUUUUUAGACAAUAUGUCUUAUUUAUUUGAUGCCUUUAUUUAUUUUUCCAUUUCAUUUUUUUUUUUAUCCUGGAAACUUCUUUGGAAACUGUCUCUUUUAAUGGUCUAAAAAGUGCUGAAGAAAUUGUAUGUAAGCAUCAUUUAUACCAAAGGCCACUUAUUCUUCAGUCCUUAAAGUGCAAUGAGAAUGGAACACUCUUAAUUUUGAAUAUAUGUGAAUUUAACAGGGAUUUUAAGAAAUAAAUAAAUGGCAGAGGUUAACAAAUUUAACACAGUAUUUUUUUCUUUUUGUAAAAAUAUAUUUUGUGUGUUUCUAAUUUAAAGCUCACAUUUAAUAGUAUAUUACUGUGAAGUUCUUUUAUCAGUGUUCAACUUGUUGUAAAUAAUAAAUCAAUAAAAAUGUUUACGAAUA